AAAACACAAAAGUUUGAGGCGCCUCAAGACUUUGAGGCGUAUUUUUCCCUUUUUACAAAAUGUGUGAAGACUGAAUUAAACAGUGUGUUAAUCUGCUCAAAUGUAGAUGAGUAAAAGCAUGAAUGAUCUUUUCAAGGUCGACCAGAGAUUUAAAAAAAAAAUUUAAAAAAAUGGUAAGGUUUUUGGAUGGUCCUCAGAUGAAGAAAGCACAUUUGAGCAGUUUGGUUUUCAGGAGAUAAUUUAAUGCAAGGUCAUCAAGUAUAGAUUCAAAAGUAGGGGAGACAUUUACAGGGUCAAUCAGAAGGCUUUCUGACUGAGUCAUUUAGUCGCAGGAAAUUCUGAGACGUCUAGCACUUAAAUUCAGAGAGGCAUGAUUAGACGUUCACCAGGUUCAUUAAGUUGAAUGGAUACAUAAAGCUGUGUAUCAUCUGCAUAGUGGCAAAUUUAAUAUUCUGGUUCCUGAUGAUAUGACCCUUGGUACACAAAACAAAAAAUCACAAUGGACCCAAAAUGGACCCUUGGGAAGUGCCACAGGAGGAAGUGCAAUAAAUUCCUCUGAAUUGUUUAGAGAAGUAUAAAUUAGCAAAACUAUUUCAACAAUCAAGUAAACCACAAGGACCUACAAAAGCGUAUUUAAGUUACUUUGCACCACUGGUAGUAACCUGGGUUAUUUCCGAAGACAAAGGGCGUUUCAUUAUUUUGUAAUCUAAACAAAUCUCAGUGUGUAUUUUUAGACCAAUCAAGUCGCCAGCUGCAGUUGUCACACUCUCUGCUUGUCUCAGCUACACAUUAUAUAAUCAGAAACUGUGACUUGGGAGGAUGUGAAAGCAUCUUUAUCUUAUUUUUUUUUCAUGCAAAGUUGUGGCUCAAGUACCAAAAGGCCACUCUUUUUGUUCUGAAGUACAUUAGAAGGGUGAUGCGUACUUCAGGAAACAGCCAAAGGCUUGAUUUGAUCUGGGGAAGUACCAAUGUUCAGCUGUUCAUGCAUGUUAAUAAUGUAAAGAGGAAGUAAGUCAGUUGGCCAGUAUCAGCCAGACAACCCAUGUCUUCUUUCAAUACCGCAUCCUCAAGCACCGCUGAUGUACCGACUAGCUGAUGUACUGAACAGUAUGUAGAGGUUGUGACAGAGAUGAGAGGAGCAGCUUUGAGUUUAAGAGCAGCAGCGAGUGGGUUUGUCAUCUUCCUUCGCACUGUGUCAGUGAUACAGGGUCAGAAUGGCUGGGGAGUGACUUUCAGCUCUUCUCAGAUCUGUGCCUUAAAAGGAUCAACAGUGGAAAUAAACUGCACCUACACACACCCAUCCAGAAUAGAUGGCCGUGAUACCACGGUUGAGGAAUCAUUCUGGUUUACUAAACUGCAGGGAACAGUGCCUGUGGAUCUGAGAACAGACUCUGGGUAUGCAGGUCGAGUUGAGUACAGUUGUUCUGAGAAGAGCUGCAGUCUGAGAAUCAGAGACCUGAGAGAGAGCGACUCAGCUGAGUACAAGUUCAGAUUCAUAAUAAACCAAGAAGGUGGAAGAUAUACUGGUUCACCUGGAGUCAGGUUGAGGGUCACAGGUUUCCAGGUGCAGAGGGGCAACUCAAAAUCACAUAAAACACAACUAAACUGUCACAGCAGUUGUCAUUUACCUCGUCAAACUUCCUACAUCUGGUACAAGAAUGGACGGAAAAUUUGGCCAAAAAGAUCUUUAUAUUCAGACACCUUUAAUUCUGUAGACAGUUAUUCCUGUGCUGUAGAAGGACAUGAUGAUGUCCCAGCUCCUCCAGUGUGUGGCUACCGUCAAUCUUGCAACAGAGUGAUGUACACCAACAGAAGGAUCUGUGCCUUCAAAGGCUCAUCAGUGGUCAUUUCUUGUACUUACAGCAGUUAUUACACCAUCAGGUCUAAAUUCUGGUUCAGUCCUGAACGUUCUCAUCAGUGGCAGAGUCCUUCACAGCCUGAGGACCUUAGUGACUCUCAGUUUGCAGGUCGUGUUCAGGUCCUUGAAUCAGAGAGAGGACGCUCCACUCUGAGAAUCACUGACCUGACAGAGAGUGAUUCAGCUGAGUAUCACUUUAAAUUCAUAACAAGAUGGUUUGAGUGGAACAGUAGUUUACCUGGUACAACUCUGACUGUCACAGCUCCAGAUUUAAAGGUGCAGGUGAUUUCUUCUCCUGCUGGUCCACAGCUGAUUUGUUACAGCAGCUGUCUCACUGAUCGUUCUCCCUUCAUUUGGUACCAGAACGAUGAGAAAAUUGAAAAAGAAACGUCUCCUUCUUAUACUGGAUAUGUCGAUCCUGCAGACAGUUACUCCUGUGGCCAUGAGGGUCACCGCUCUGUUCCAGUCUAUGCUCCUAAGCUUCCCUUUGUGUUGAUCAGUCUGACGGGCGACAUUAUGAGGGACAGUUCAGUGACUCUGACCUGUAGCAGUGAUGCUAACCCAGCAGCUAAAUACACCUGGUACAAGGAGAAUGGAGAUCCAGACCUUCAACCUCUCAGUAAAGAUCCACAGCUUGUCUUCAGCUCCAUCCAGUCCUCUGACUCUGGAGAGUAUAACUGUACAGCUGAGAACCAGCUGGGGAGGAGGACGUCCAAAUCUGUCUUUGUCGAUGUGAAAUAUGCUCCAAGACUUCCCUCUGUGUCAGUGAGUCCCUCUGCUGAGAUAGUGGAGGGCAGUUCAGUGACUCUGACCUGUAGCAGUGAUGCUAACCCAGCAGCUAAUUACACCUGGUACAAGGAGAACCAAACACUGAUUCAAGGACCAGAAGGCAUCCAUCAUUUCUCCUCCAUCAGCUCUGAGGACAGAGGGAACUACUCCUGCAAGUCUGAGAAUCAGUAUGGAGAGAUCAGCUCUUCAUUUGUCUCUAUCGAUGUUCAGUAUGGUCCAAGACUUCCCUCUGUGUCAGUGAGUCCCUCUGCUGAGAUAGUGGAGGACAGUUCAGUGACUCUGACCUGUAGCAGUGAUGCUAACCCAGCAGCUAAUUACACCUGGUACAAGAAGAAUGAAGACUCACCAAAAGCAUCAGGACAGAUCUUCACCAUCACUGACAUCAGAGCUGAACACAGUGGGAAUUAUUACUGUGAAGCCCAGAACAGAAGAGGACGUCAUAACUCCACCUUACAGCUGAUUGUUGUGGCAGGUGCUGGGAAAUCAGCAGCUAUAGGAACGAUCACUGCCAUCCUCCUGCUUGUCGUACCUCUUGCUGUCUUCAUAUGGAUUAGAAGAAAAACAUCCCUCACACAGCAGUCUAGUGGUGGGAAGAGACCCGACAAUGGAGGACAGGUAAACCUGAGUGAAGUGUGUGCCACCCAGAGACAACCAGCAGAGCAGGAUGUUGAACUUCACUACGCCAGCAUCCACCACUCUGUGAACCAGGAAGAAGCUGUCUACUGUAACAUCAGACAGGCUCGGCUCCACGGACGAACUGAGGAUGAGGAUGAGGAGGACGGUGUUGACUACACUAUUGUCAAAACUAACAACACUGGUCAUGCCCCAGGGCAGGCCUCUUCACUCUUAGGAACAUAGUAAUCACUGUAAGAUCUUAUAAAAAAAGAAACGGCCAGUGUGAAUGUUUUAUUUUCCUUCACAGAACAAGACCUCAAGAAGAUAGGAAGGGUUUGUUUAUGUGAGCAGGUAGAAGUGUUGUACAUUCCUCCUGACAGACAUGUACAAGUACAACAUCACCUGCCAAAAACAAAGACAUGCUGGUUAUGUGACUUGUUUUUUUGUUUUUUUUAAAUAAUUGUUUCUUAAAGGCACAGCUAGGAGAUCGCCGGUUCGCGUCCCGGUUGGGACGCCUGGGAUCUUUCUGUGUGGAGUUUGUAUGUUCUCCCUGUGCAAGCGUGGGUUUUCACCGGGUACUCCGGCUUCCUCUCACAGUCC